GAAAGGGAGACUUAUUUUUCUUACUCAUAUCCGGAAAUAACGCUUGUGGAUAUUUCACACACACUUCCCAGGGAAAGAUGGCAAGACCAGAGAAAUUCCUCGCUGUAUAUUACUUCAUAUUGUUCUAUUUUACAACAGGUCAAAGGGUUAAUGGUAAAGAGGCGGAAGUGGAAUGCACCUUUAAUGAACAUUGGUGCAAUUUUACACAGCUUUCCCUAGAUAACAUGCAAUGGACGUUAGGAAGAAACGGGGACGGUGGCUUUGCGCAUGUCAUUGCUAACACGACUUUAAAAACAGGCGCUGUACUGCGGUCACCGCCCAUGCCGCCGCUGUACAUACCGCGGUGUCUCGCUUUCCUGUACCUUCAGAUUGGCGUUUCACUGACGAUAGAUGUUGCUGUUAUGUCUGGAAACGCAACUCAGAUUGAUGUGAUUUGGUCGUCACAUUGUAAGUGA